CUGCGAAAUAUUUUUUUGCAGUACGCCAGCGUUGAGAAAGAUGGUGAGCGGUACAUGACCCCAGAAGAUUUCGUGCAGAGGUACCUAGGACUUUAUACGGAUCCACGUUACAAUGCUAAAACGGUGCAGCUGUUGGCCGGAGUGGCAGAUCAAACAAAGGAUGGGUUGAUUUCCUAUCAAGAAUUUUUGGCAUUUGAAUCUGUUUUAUGUACCCCAGAUGCAAUAUUCAUUGUUGCUUUUCAGUUAUUUGACAAGAGUGGCAAUGGAGAAGUAACAUUUGCAAAUGUCAAAGAAAUAUUUGAGCAAACUAUUAUUCAUCUUCAAAUUCCCUUCAACUGGGACUGUGAGUUCAUUCGACUGCAUUUUGGACAUAACAGGAAGAAGCAUCUUAACUAUUCAGAGUUCACUCAGUUUCUUCAGGAGUUGCAGUCAGAACAUGCAAGACAAGCUUUUGCACUGAAGGACAAAAAUAAAAGUGGUAUGAUAACUGGGCUGGACUUCAAUGACAUCAUGGUUACCCUUCGCUCGCAUAUGCUGACUCCAUUUGUGGAAGAAAAUUUAGUUUCAGUAGCCGGUGGAACUGUUUCACAUCAGGUCAGCUUCUCCUAUUUCAAUGCAUUUAAUGCUCUUUUGAAUAACAUGGAUCUUGUUAGGAAGAUAUACAGUAAUAUAGCAGGUACAAGAAAAGACGUUGAAGUCACGAAAGAGGAAUUUACCCACUCUGCAAUCCGAUUUGGGCAAGUUACACCACUGGAAAUAGAUAUUCUCUACCAACUUGCAGAUUUAUACAGUGUUACUGGGCGCUUAACUUUGGCAGAUAUUGAGAGAAUAGCACCGCUGGCAGAAGGUGCAUUACCUUACAACCUGGCAGAACUCCAGAGGCAGCAAUCUUUUGGAGAGCUAGGCAGGCCUAUCUGGCUCCAGGUAGCUGAGUCAGCUUACAGGUUCACUUUGGGCUCAAUUGCUGGAGCCGUUGGUGCCACUGCGGUGUAUCCUAUAGACCUGGUGAAAACUCGUAUGCAGAAUCAGCGCUCCACUGGUUCAGUUGUGGGAGAGUUGAUGUAUAAAAGCAGCUUUGACUGCUUUAAAAAGGUUUUGCGUUUUGAAGGCUUUUUUGGUCUCUACAGAGGCUUGUUACCACAGCUGAUAGGUGUUGCUCCAGAAAAGGCUAUUAAGCUAACUGUUAAUGACUUUGUCAGAGACAAAUUUACGAAGAGAGAUGGUUCCAUCCCGCUCCCCGCAGAGGUCCUUGCUGGAGGCUGUGCAGGAGCUUCCCAGGUCAUCUUCACCAACCCUCUGGAGAUCGUGAAGAUUCGGUUGCAGGUAGCAGGAGAAAUUACUACAGGACCCAGAGUCAGCGCCCUGUCUGUUAUAAAAGAUUUAGGUCUUCUUGGUCUUUACAAGGGUGCCAAAGCAUGUUUCCUUAGAGACAUUCCCUUUUCUGCAAUCUACUUUCCUGUUUAUGCUCAUAGUAAACUGAUGCUUGCUGAUGAAAAUGGCCAUGUGGGAGGGCUCAAUCUCCUUGCUGCUGGAGCCGUUGCAGGUGUUCCUGCUGCUUCUCUGGUAACCCCUGCUGAUGUCAUCAAGACAAGACUGCAAGUGGCAGCUCGCGCCGGUCAGACAACGUACAGCGGAGUCAUCGACUGCUUUGGAAAGAUCCUGAGGGAAGAAGGCCCUUCGGCGUUCUGGAAGGGGGCUGGAGCACGCGUGUUCAGAUCUUCACCCCAGUUUGGUGUCACUUUGGUCACCUAUGAGCUUCUGCAGAGAUGGUUUUACGUCGAUUUUGGGGGCCUCAAACCUUCUGGAUCAGAACCUAGCCCAAAAACUCGCAUUUCAGAUCUUCCUCCUGUUAACCCUGAGCACAUAGGUGGAUACAGACUUGCUACAGCUACAUUUGCUGGUAUAGAAAAUAAAUUCGGUUUGUAUCUUCCAAAGUUUCGAGCUCCUGGCAUUACCUCAGCUCAACCAAAAAGUAGCAGCUGAAUCCCGAGGAGAUGUUUCAGCCUAACAAAGGGAUGCAGUGGGAAACUUCACCAGAGUAGCACUGUAUUUUCCCCAGUCAGCUGCAUGUUGUUCUAGCUGAACUGAGCUUGCAAAUCGAAUUACUCCUUGCUAAUGUUAAUAUAUACCUGUGUUUAUUUGUUUCUUUACACACAAGGAACUGACUGAAGCUGUGGUUCUAUGCCUUGUUUCAACCAGUGGCAUGAAUCUGUAGCCUAGACUUUGCCUUGCACAGCCUGCGGUUAAUGUUACUGUACAUAUUGUACAUCUUUGUACAGAGACAUCCUGGCAUUACACACGUACAUUUAUACAAUGGGUACUG